AUGACCGCAUUGACCAGUACAACCACUACAACUGCACCCACCACCACAACCACUACAGCUGCCCCAACUUCUACAUCCGCAUCGGCCACUACCACAGCCACAGCUGCCCCAACUUCUACAGCCGCACCAACCACUACCACAACUACACCUGCCCCAACUUCUACAGCCGCACCAACCACUACAACUACUACAUCUGCAUCGACCACCACAACCACUGCAGCUUCCCCGACCACCACAACCACUACAGUUGCCCCAACAACUACAAGCACUAUGACCGCAUUGACCAGUACAACCACUACGACCGCACCCACCACCACAACCACUACAGCUGCCCCAACUACUACAGACGCACCGGACACUACCACAACCACAGCUGCCCCAACUUCUAUAGCCGCACCAACCACUACAACUACUACAUCUGCAUCAACCACCACAACCACUGCAGCUGCCCUGACCACUACAACCUCUACAGUUGCCCCAACAACUACAACCACUACGACUGCAUUGACCACUAGGACCACUAGGACCACUAUGACCACACCCACAACCACUACAGCUCCCCCAACUACUACAGCUGCCCCAACCACUACAACUACUACAAUCGCACCCACCACCACAGCUGCCCCAACCAUUACAACCACUUCAGGUGCCCCAAUUUCUAUAGUUGUACCGACCACUACAACUACUACAUCCGUACCGACCACCACAACCACUACAGCUGCCCCAACUUCUACAGCCGCACCAACCACUACGACUACUACAUCUGCACCGACCACCACAACAACUGCAGCUUCGCCGACCACCACAACCACUACAGUUACCCCAACAACUACAACCGCAACGACCUCAUUGACCACUACAACCGCACCCACAACCACUACAGCUCCCCCAACUACUACAGCUGCCCCGACCACAACAACCACUACAAUCACAUCCACCACCACAGCUGCCCCAACCACUACAACCACCUCAGCUGCCCCAAUUUCUACAACUGUACCAACCACUACAGCUACCACAUCCGCACGGACCAGUACAACCACUACAGUUGCCCCAACAACUACAACCACUACGACCGCAUUGACCACUACGACUGCACCCACCACCACAACCACUACAGCUGCCCCAACUACUACAUCCGCAUCGGCCACUACCACAACCAUAGCUGCCCCAACUUCUACUGCCGCACCAACCACUAUAACUACUACAUCUGCCCCGACCACUACAACCUCUACAGUUGCCCCAACAACUACAACCACUACGACUGCAUUGACUUCUACAACCACACCCACCAAGACAACCACUACAGCUGCCCCAACUACUACAGCCGCACCGGCCACUACCACAACUACAGCUGCCCCAACUUCUACAGCUACCCCGACCACUACAAGCACUUCAGCUGCCCCAAUUUCUGCAGCUGUACCGACCACUACAACUACUACAUCCGUACCGACCACCACAACCACUACAGUUGCUCCAACAACUACAACCACUACAACCGCACCCACCACCACAACAACUAUAGCUGCCCCAACUACUACAUCCGCACCGGCCACUACCACAACCACCGCUGCCCCAACUUCUACAGCCGCACUAACCACUGCAACUACUACAUCUGCCCCAACUACUACAACCUCUACAGUUGCCCCAACAACUACAACCACUACGACUGCAUUGACCACUACAACCACACCCUCCAAGACAACCAAUACAGCUGCCCCAACUACUACAGCCGCACCGGCCACUACCACAACUACAGCUGCCCCAACUACUACAUCCGCACCGACCACUACAACCACUACAAUUACCCCAACAACUACAACCACUACAAUUACCCCAACAACUACAACCACUACAACCACUACAAUUAACCCAACAACUACAACCACUAUGACUGCACCCACCACAACCGCUACAGCUGCCCCAACUUCUACAGCUGCACCAACCACUACAACUACUACAUCUGCACCGACCACCACAACAACUGCAGAUGCCCUGACCACUACAACUACUACAGUUGCCCCAACAACCACAACCGCUACGACUGCAUUGACCACUACAACCACUAUGACCGCACCCACCACCACAGCUGCCCCGACCAAUACAACCACUUCAGGUGGCCCAAUUUCUACCGCUGUACCGACCAUUACAACUACUACAAUUGCACCAACAACUACUACUACUAUUACGACCGCACCUACCACCACAACCACUACAGCUGCCCCAACUACUACAACUGCCCUGACCACUACAACCACUACAAUCGCACCCGCCACCACAUCCGCAUCAAGCACUACACCCACGACAGCCGCAUCGAACAAAACACCCACCACAGCUGGAUCGAGCACUGCACCCACCACAGCCGCAUCCAGAACUGCACCCACCACAGCCGCAUCGAGCACUACAUCCACCACAUCUGCAUCGAACAAUACACCCACCACAGCCGGAUCGAGCACUGCACCCACCACAGCCACAUCGAGCACUACAUCCACCACAGCUGCAUCGAACAAUACACCCACCACAGCCGGAUCGAGCACUGCACCCACCACAGCCGCAUCCAGCACUGCACCCACCACAGCCGCAUCGAGAACUACACCCACCACAGCUGGAUCGAGCACUGCACCCACCACAGCCGCAUCCAGCACUACACCCACGACAGCCGCAUCGAACAAAACACCCACCACAGCUGGAUCGAGCACUGCACCCACCACAGCCGCAUCCAGCACUACACCCACCACAGCCGCAUCGAACAAAACACCCACCACAGCUGGAUCGAGCACUGCACCCACCACAGCCGCAUCGAACAAUACACCCACCACAGCUGCAUCGAACAAUACACCCACCACAGCGGGAUCGAGCACGGCACCCACCACAGCCGCAUCCAGCACUACACCCACGACAGCCGCAUCGAACAAAACACCAACCACAGCUGGAUCGAGCACUGCAACCACCACAGCCGCAUCCAGCACUGUACCCACCACAGCUGCAUCGAGCACUACACCCACCACAGCCGGAUCGAGCACUGCACCCACCACAGCCGCAUCGAGCACUACACCCACUACAGUCUCCCUGACCACUAAACCCGCUACAUCAACCACCAGUGAUGCAUCUAGCUUCAGACUUGGUCUCCUCCAUCUGCUGCUUGGAUUUUUUAUCUUUAUCAUUUAA